UUUGUUCAACAAAACGAAGACCCACAUCUCAUCUGUCACAACUCACAGGAUCCAUUUUUUACUUAAUCCACUCUGAGGAGGAGACCCUUUUAUUGUUGGAAAGCUAUUAAUUCCAAGCUAUCUCCACACCCUCUCCCCAAACAAGAAAAUUAUUAAAUGUAAAACGUACUACUAGACCCCCAGUUACAUACAUAAACACACAUCAUCUGCAGAAUUUUGGUAUGCAAUUUUACGUAGUAAGUAAUAAUACCAAAAAUCAAGAUCCAGUCUUUUUAUAUUUUCCAAGAAGAUUGAAUCAAUAAAAAGGUGACAGCUUUGCUACAGAGUACAGAGCCAGUAAAUUGAGUAGGAAUCAUGUGAUCUUUACUCACUGUCUCACCUCUCUCCUUUCACUAAGCAAUAGGCAUAAUACCUUUCCAAUUUCACCCACUACUCACUGCUGUAGUAUUUGCUAGUCUUUUUCUUGGGUAAAAAUAUUCUUUCUUCUUAAUUUUGUUGCUGCAGCUUUCUUGAGGUAUUUUUUUUUUUAUGUUCAAUGGCCUCAAGUGCUUCAAGAUUCAUCAAAUGUGUCACGGUUGGUGAUGGUGCCGUUGGAAAGACUUGUAUGCUUAUUUGCUAUACCAGUAACAAGUUCCCCACUGAUUAUGUUCCCACAGUGUUUGACAACUUCAGUGCCAAUGUGGUUGUCGAAGGGACCACAGUAAAUUUAGGUCUUUGGGAUACUGCAGGCCAAGAAGAUUAUAACAGAUUAAGGCCACUGAGCUACCGAGGAGCAGAUGUUUUUGUCCUAGCGUUCUCCUUGGUUAGUCGCGCAAGCUACGAGAACAUACUUAAAAAGUGGAUUCCUGAACUUCAGCAUUAUGCUCCUGGAAUACCGGUGGUAUUAGCUGGCACCAAACUUGAUCUUCGUGAGGAUAAGCACUUCUUGGCUGAUCAUCCUGGAUUAGUUCCUGUCACCACCGCGCAGGGAGAGGAGCUACGGAAACAAAUUGGUGCUGCCUAUUACAUCGAAUGUAGCUCUAAAACACAACAGGUCGUCAUCAAGCCACCGCAGAAGCAAAAGGAGAAGAAGAAACAACGUCGAGGAUGUCUCAUGAAUGUGAUGUGCGGAAGGAAGCUCGUUUGUUUGAAGUGACAUUUCAAUGUACAUAUUUCCCAUCUGUUCGGCCUCUAACAUGAUUUAUAUCCAUGGCUUUAGCGUGCUGCCUAUAAAACUUACAUUUCUAUCAGAACUUUUGUGACGAGCAUAAUGUAUUUGUUUUUCCAUAACCCAACUUACUGCUGGACGGCCUUGAUUUGUCUGUAAAAUACGUUACUUGCUAGGUUUAUAUUUCAAGUACAUGUAUUAAUUCUAUUAAACCAA